GUUAUCUCAUAAUGUUAGUGAAGAGCAACACCUCUUGUCGAAUAAACUUACAUUAAUUCCCUGCGAUAAAAAUCGCUGAACGUUUAACAUAAUAUUUUCAUAAAUUAGCGUCGUAUAAUUGAAUUGUGUACGGCGGGCUGAUUUUAAACGAAUUAGAAAAAACAAAUUUAAAUUCGACGAUAGAUCUGAAAUCAGUACACGGUGAUGUGCACUCCUGCAUAACGCUUUUCGGUUCGGUUUUUUUUCGCGCAAUUAUCACCAUAUAAGUUAAUUACACACAGGCUCAGAAAUGAAGUGCUCAACCAUUUUGUUGAUUUCGAUAAACAUCUUAUUUUUGAUAAUAUCGGUUUUGACCGUAACCAGUGGAUCUAUCGUCCAGUACUUGUUCGGUCAAUAUUACUACAUCCUAGAAAAUCACACCGGAGUGUCAGUAUUCCCAACACUAUGGAUUGCAGCUGGAUGCUUUUUGCUGUUGGUUUCAAUGUUCGGAAUUCUUGUAAGCAGUGGCCAAAGUACCAUUCUCAUUAACACGUAUGCAAUCUUACUGUCACUGGUAUUAGUUCUGCAUGUGGCAACAGCGAUAUCCGCAUUGAUGCUUGGAGUGUGCCGUUCCAAAGAAAUCGUUUCGGAUACACUAACGGCAUUUGUGCACUCGUAUGAGUAUAACACGAUGCUGAGACAGACAAUGGAUUGGACACAGUACAAAUACCAAUGUUGCGGUAAUAAUGGACCGGACGAUUGGAACAACUAUGUGAAAUCUGUUAAGGUGCCAGACAUAUUGGCAACCACUCCCACUGAAAAUAGUACGUCAACAUUAACUGCCGCUAAUGAAAACGUGAAUGCUAUGCCAGCAUCAUGCUGCUUUCCUGACAGUGAUUACACCAAUUUUCGAUGUGACAAAUACUAUCCGAAUGGUUGUUCUACGUUCGUACAGGAUAUUUUAUCGACUAAUGUAAUGAUAGCCAGUUUCCUAGCUUUGGGUAUGGCUUUACUUGAUUUGCUCGGAGCCAUAGUCGCUUUCCUGAUUAGCAAGUCGUUACGUCGUGUACGUGAAAUUGAAGCUGACUAUAGUCAAUUGGGAGUGAAGAAUAGCUACAGAUAGUGAAUCGAAAUGUUUGACUUAAUUGAGCGGCAAUAAAUUUGUAUUUAAACUUUCAUAAACA